AUUACUGAUAUAAAAUUAUUUAUUUUUCUCAUCAAACUUCUGAAGAAUUUCUUUUUCCUUUGAUGGAGAAAGGAAUUUCGGAAAAAUUAAAACUCGAUGUUGAAUCAAUGAAUUGGCAUCGUAUGCAUGAUCAAAACUUAAUAGAAAACCGGUGGUGAUUUAUUCAUUCAUAUUGGAAACGAUGAAGUGCCAGCCCGUAGCUUGUAUCUGGUCUGAUUCUCCUCCUCCUCAACAUCAAGUAACCGCUACUUCUGUCUUGAAUCAUCCACCAACGCUUUACACUGGUGGAUCUGAUGGCUCCAUUAUCUGGUGGUCUUUUUCCUCUAACCUAUCAAAACAGAAUGUUUGGCCAGUAGCGAUGCUAUGUGGUCAUGCUUCUAAAAUAGUGGAUCUUGAUAUUUGCUUUCCAGUCACCAUGAGUGGGGGUCAUGGAGAAAUGGAGAAUACAAGUAAUGUAGUAGUAAAUUCUUCUUCCUCAUCAUCAGCUGGUUAUGGCGCCCUAAUAAGUGUUUGUACUGAUGGUGUGAUGUGCAUCUGGAGCAGACAGAGUGGUCACUGCAAGCGCAGGAGAAAAAUGCCACCUUGGGUGGGAACCCCAUCAGCAAUCUCGACGUUACCAGCGUCUCCAAGAUACGUCUGUGUGGCAUGUUGCUCUGUUGAUUCGGUAAAUACAUCAAGUUCUCAGUAUUCAGAACCUGCUGAAGGUGGGGAAGCUUCAGUAGAUAGGGAAUCUCAUAAUAGAAAGGGUUCUAAAUGUGCCAUUGUUGUUUUUGAUACAUAUAGUCUUAAUAUAGUUCAGACUGUCUUUCAUGGAAGUUUAUCUAUUGGACUGUUAAAAUUCAUGGCUGUUGUCCUGUCAGCUGAGAACUAUGGGAAGCAGUCUGUGAUUUUGAGUGACUCAGUCGGGGGAUUACAAUCAGUUAUGAUAUCCAAAGAGUCUGAAACAGGUUCGAAUGCGUUGCCUAAAAGUUCUUCUCAGUUGGGGAUAUCUGCUUCGGUUGACGGUUUGCUUGAUGGGGAGUAUCUAGUAUCAAUUGUAGCCCAUGGAGAGUUCUUAGCACUUAUAUAUAGGGCAUGCUGUGUAUUUAGGCUAGUGGGGAAUGGAAAUGUUUUCGGUAAGAUGGAUCUAGUUGAUAGUCCUCUUUGCGAUGAUGGCCCUAGUUUCCAAUCUCGUCUUGCUGGGGGAAUGUUUCUCAGUAUUGAUGAUGGUGAAACUGUGCUAGGUACCCGCGACCCACCUGAACAAUUUGAAGAAAUCUUUGUUGUUUGGAGUAAUAUAGGUGCUGCGAUAGUGUUUACGAUCUCUGGUUCUCAUGACACAUUUAAGCAUGAACCACUUUACGAAAUUCCUGCAAUUUCUCAUCCUCUCAAUACAAAAUUAUCUGUGAGUUUUACUCAGUUAAAUGGUAGUCUGAUACGUGUUGAAUCAAUGUGCUAUCUAGUUGGAGAAUCUUUAAUGUGGAAGCCGCACAUCACAAUGUGGUUACUACGGCAGCAGCAUGAUUCAACUGGGAAGUUCGGUCAGCAGUGCAGAAUGCUCGGGGAAGGUGGUUUUCCUUACAACUGGAUCAGAAACUCCAGUUCAACGUCCAGCAUUUUCCCUGUUGCAAAGGAAGGAACUUUGUCUGAGAGUUGUGAUUCAGAGUUGAUAAAUCUAAAUGGUAUGUGUGGAGGAACAAUGAACAGCGACCUUAUACUACAAGCGCGGGUUGUAUCAUCCUCAUUAGUUCUCUUAGAAAAAUUUGAUGCUCCCUAUGGCAUUGUUUAUGGAUUUUAUUCUGGUGAGAUAGAAGUGGUACGCUUUAGGAAGUUUUUUCAGGGGUUAGGCUCUUCUGGUGAAAGUUCAAAUGGUAAACCAGAAGUAUUUGAACAGUCAUUCUUAGGGCACCGAGGGCCAAUACUAUGCUUGGCUGCACAUAGCAUGUUGGGCAGCAUAAACGAGCAGAAAAGCUGUUGGUUUUUAGUGUCAGGGAGCAUGGACUGCACAAUUCGUAUAUGGGACCUUGAUGGUGGAAAUUUAGUUACCGUGAUGCAUCAUCAUGCAGCUCCUGUCCGACAAAUAAUCCUACCCCCACCUCAUACAGACCGUCCUUGGAGUGACUGUUUUAUCUCUGUUGGAGAAGAUUCUUGUGUUUCUUUAGUUUCCCUCGAGACUUUGCGGGUGGAAAGAAUGUUUCCUGGACACCUUAGUUAUCCUGCGAUGGUUGUGUGGGAUGGGGUGAAGGGUUACAUAGCAUGUCUUUGCAAGAACCAGUUUGAAACAUAUGCUACUGUUGAUGUUUUGUAUCUUUGGGAUGUAAAAACGGGCGGUCGAGAACGAGUCCUUCGCGGCACAGCAUCUCAUUCAAUGUUUGACCAUUUUUGUAAAGGUAUCAAUGUAAAUUCGAUAACAGAUAGCAUAUUGGGCGGAAUUACUUCGGCAUCCUCACUGCUGCUACCAAUAGUGGAAGAUGGAGAUUUUCCACGAUCUCACUCUAAAAAUCUUGAGAAUGGCGUCGCUUCAUUACAAACUGCUAAAAGGAGAAUAACAGAUGCUAGUAGAGGUCCUAAAGAAAAGGCAGCAGAACAUCUCGCCGCUUCAGAAAUACUUCACAGUGGUAAGCAUCCUAUCAAAUGCAUGUGCCCGUUCCCCGGAAUGGCUACUCUCAGAUUUGACCUCUCAUGUUUGGUGUUUCCUUGUCAAAGCAACACACAAUCCGUUGAGAACGGUAGUAACCUAGAGAUUACGGGUGAAUCUGAGCGGCGACCUGACUCUCCAUGUUCUCCCUGGAUGAAUUCUGAUGGACAGGGGACUACACAUGAUCCCAUAGAGGAACAUGAGUGGAUUAAUUCUCUUGAAGGAUGUUUAAUACGCUUCAGCUUGUCUUUCUUGCACUUAUGGGAUGUGGAUCGUGAUCUUGAUAGACUGCUAUUGUCUGAGAUGAAUGUCAUUAAACCAGAUAACUUCAUCUUAGCUUCUGGUUUGCAAGGUGACAGAGGGUCGGUGACAUUGACAUUUCCAAGUCCACGAGCUACACUCGAGCUCUGGCGGUCAUCCUCAGAAUUUUGUGCAAUUCGGUCACUGACAAUGGUGUCCCUUGCCCAACGCAUGAUUAGUUUGUCCCGUUCCAGUUCAGCAGCCAGCAGUGCCUUAGCAGCAUUCUAUACGCGCAAAAUGGCAGAGAUAGUGCCAGAUGUAAAGCCGCCUUCUCUCCAGCUCUUGGUUAGUUUUUGGCAAGAUAAAAGUGAACAUGUACGUAUGGCUGCACGCUCUUUAUUCCAUUGUGCUGCUUCACGUGCUAUUCCGCAUCCCCUGUGUGGUCAGAGGGUCAACCGACAUGGCCUGCUUCCAGUUGUUGCUGAUAUCGCAGAAAUGGAAGUGCAAAAACAUUUGCAUGUGAAUGAAACAUCUAGAAGCAGCUUCGUGGAUGGAGUCACAGAAACAAUAGGGAAUUCUGAAGCGGAGGACUCCACAAUCCUAGCAUGGUUAGAGUCAUUUGAAAUGCAAGAUUGGAUUUCUUGUGUUGGAGGAACAAGCCAAGAUGCAAUGGCUUCUCUUAUCAUUGUGGCAGCAGCAUUAGCUGUAUGGUAUCCAAGUCUUGUCAAGCCUAGUGUUGCACGAUUAGUGGUUCAUCCACUAGUGAAGUUAGUUAUGGCCAUGAGCGAUAAAUAUAGUGCGACUGCGGCAGAGCUCCUAGCAGAAGGAAUGGAGAGUACAUGGAAGUCAUGCAUUGCUCCUGAAAUACCACGUUUGAUUGGGGAUAUUUUCUUCCAAAUAGAGUGUGUGAGCAGUGCAUCUGCAAACCCAUCUCCACAAAAUUCAUCUGUAUCUGUCAGUAUGCGGGAAACCUUGGCUGGAAUUCUUCUCCCAAGCUUGGCCAUGGCUGAUGUAUUAGGUUUCCUAAACGUGAUAGAAAGUCAGAUCUGGUCUACCGCGUCUGAUUCACCUGUUCAUGUGGUAGCUCUUAUGACUCUGAUCAGGGUCUUGCGUGGUUCUCCAAAACCAUUGGCUCCAUUUCUCGACAAGGCAGUAAACAUUAUCUUCCAGACGAUGGAUUAUGCAAAUUUAGUCUUGCGUAAAUCUUGUUUACCCCAUUCCAUGCAUGCACUAAAGGAAAUUGUACGUGUUUUCCCAAUGAUAUCUUUGAAUCAAACAUCAUCAAGGUUGGCUGUGGGAGAUGCAAUUGGAGAUAUUCACAGCGUUACAAUUCGAAUUUAUGACAUGCAAAGUGUGACAAUACUGAAGGUUUUGGAUGCUAGUGGACCGCCUGGUCUACCAAGUCUGCUUGGAGGAGUUUCAGACAAGAGUGUUACCACGGGAAUAUCAGCACUCAGCUUUUCACCCGAUGGAGAGGGGCUAGUUGCAUUUUCUGAGCAUGGGUUGAUGAUUAGGUGGUGGUCUCUAGAAACUGGGUGGUGGGAAAAACUUAGUCGAAGUUUGGUCCCAAUUCAGUGUACCAAACUUAUUUUUGUUCCUCCUUGGGAGGGAUUCUCUCCUAAUUCUUCCAGAUCAAGUGUAAUGGCGACCAUAAUUGGACAUGAUAGGAAGGUAUCAUCACCGGAUAAUUCAAGGGGAUCAAAUGAUGUGGAUAAUCUGAACAGUGUACUCCAUAGUCUGGAUCUUUCUUAUCGGAUAGAGUGGGUUGAAGAUAGGAAACUGAUACUUAUGCAUCAUGGGAAUGAAUUGGGUUCUUUCCAGCUGUAAAAGUGCAUUCCUCUGUGCAAAUUCAAAUAGCUCCAAGUUUUUCAAAAUAAUCAUUUUUGAUAGUUGAGAAGCAACUGCAUCGGACUGAACUCCAGCGUCUCUUCCCGGAGUGUAGUAUCCAGAGUUUGGUAGAAACGUGAAAGCCUUUGUAUUAAGGCCUAAAGAUGUGAUACGAGAGUAUAUAUGUUCAGUCCAAUUGGGGCUUAGUUUUUCUUGUAAUAUAUAGCCGAUUGUACUUGGUAGACGUUAUUGACAAAAGUGAAUUUGGAUAAAGUACCCCCGUUUUUUUCAAAC